UCCUGAUACCAAGACACGGAAAAGCAGGGGAGGGAAAGAGAGAAAGAAAAAAGGGGCUGGUGGAGGAAGAGCGGGGAGUGGGAGAAAACAGGGGGAAUAACACUUAAAGAAAGCAUACAGAGGAGAGGAAGGACAGCACCUAGAGCUUUGGACAACCCCUCCUUUCCUCUCGCAGGCUGUCACAGCAGAUUGGACUCCGAAGGACCGACACCGCGUCCACCCCAGACCCCAUGGGGUAACAGCAGACGGUUUGGAGGAGAGGCUUUUGUUCAGCUACACAGAUGAACAACAGGAAGGAGGACAUGGAGAUCUCCUCUCACUACCGCCAGCUCCUCAGAGAGCUCAACGAACAGAGGCAACACGGCAUCCUCUGUGAUGCCUGUGUCAUUGUGGAUGGAAAGAUCUUCAAGGCCCAUAAGAAUGUCCUCCUGGGCUCCUCACGCUACUUCAAGACUCUUUACUGCCAGGUUAAAAAAGGGGCAGAGCCUCACCACCAGACUACUGUCACUCACCUGGAUAUCGUCACAGCGACAGGCUUCAAAGCCAUCUUGGACUUUAUGUACUCAGCGCACCUUGCCCUCACCAGUAAGAAUGUGAUUGAGGUGAUGUCGGCCGCCAGCUACCUGCAGAUGACAGACAUCGUCCAGGCCUGCCACAGUUUCAUCAAGGCCGCGCUGGACAUUAGCAUCCGCUCUGAGAUGGCCGAUGAACUGGCAGACUUUGAAAUGGGCGCUGUCGCUGCUGCCGGUAUAGGUGGAGGCGGAGGAGUUGGAAGCGGAGGAGUGGGUAUAGCGGGAGCGGGAGGUGUCGUAGGAGCAGGUUUAGGAGGGGCAGGAGGAGGGAUAGUAGGCAUGGCCUCAGAAGCCCUGGCCUCCAUCAUGUCUGGUCGCAGCACCUCCCCCUGGCUGGCACGCCGCACCAGCCCAGCCAACUCCUCCGGGGACUCGGCCAUCGCCAGCUGCCACGAGGGAGGCAGCACGUACGGUAAAGAAGACCAAGAACCCCCCAAAAGCCAUGAGAGCCAGGAAGAAGCGUGCCAUGACUCCCAGCCCGCCUGGCCGCACGACUACAGGCCCGUCACUGUCAAAGAGGAACAGGUGUCCCCCGCCUCCUCCUCCCAUCCCCGGGACACUCCCAGGGGAGCAGCCCAGAGCCAAGGGGAGCAAGGGGCCGGGGGUGCCGGUGGAGGAAAUGGCGACGGGCCCUGGCAGCCAUUACAAGGGUCAGGCCGGAGGAAGAAUAGGAAGAACAAGGACACGGUCAGACAUAUUACCCAGCAGGCCGAGAGGAACUGGGAUAGAGAGCGGGACAGGGAGAGAGACAGGGACAGUAGGCCUGGAUCUCCUCUGCCCUCCAUGCUGGCUGUGGCUGGAUGGAACUACAACGGACAGGACAUCCCAGGGGCAGACGUGACUGAACCCAACAGCUCAGACAGCCGUGGCGAACGUCUCGACUUCUUCCUCAAACAGGAAGAGGCUCUGACUACAGAGCCGGGCUUCCUGGGUCCCAACGAAUCGGAGGAGGCAGGGGCGGGAGCCGGCGGCGGGACAAUCUCAUCGGUGGCCAAUCUGAAGGCAGCGCUGAUGAGUAAGAACAGUCUGCUGUCAUUGCGGGCUGAGAUGAUGGGCGAUGAUAACCCCUUGCUGUACGAGUACCUGCCCAAAGGAGGACACUCCCUGUCUCGGCUCUGCUCCAACAACUACUGCAGCACACUCCGGCCAGGGGCCACGGGGGCCACUAUUCAUAACAAACAGGGGGCUGGCUCCUCGCCUCCUCCUCCUACUCCUCUUCCUCUUCUUCCUCAUCUUCUAAAGUCACCACCACCACUACUGCCAUCAUCAUCAGCAUCAGCACACAGCCCACCCACUCCACCCACGCCACUGCACCCCUCUGAGCCCCGGCCCCUGGAGGCCCCCGGUCUGCGGGCUGGGGCACCCUUACUGCGCACAGAGGAGUUGGACAUGGAAGUGGAAGAGGCUCCUGAGGGCCCGGAGCCCUCCACCUUGCCUGAGGAGGGUGAAGAAGACAAAGAAGACAUUAAAGAAAACGGCACAGCGUUGGAAGGUGACCAGUCUCUUGUCGAGAGGGAUCAGAUGGCUGAAGGGAGCUGUGCUGGUGGCUUGACUAUGCCUGCGUCAGUGCCUGUGGCUGGAUUUGGAUCCAAAGGGGUGAUGGCACUGGUGAAUGACUUCACGGUGAUCCGUAAAAAGUUUAAGUGCCCCUACUGCAGUUUUUCUGCUAUGCACCAGUGCAUCCUGAAGAGGCACAUGCGCUCCCACACCGGUGAGAGGCCCUACCCAUGUGAAAUCUGUGGGAAGAAGUUCACCAGGAGAGAGCACAUGAAGAGGCACACACUGGUUCACAGCAAAGAUAAGAAGUACGUGUGUAAAGUGUGCAGCCGAGUGUUCAUGUCGGCAGCAAGCGUCGGAAUCAAACACGGCUCCCGUCGCCAUGGCGUCUGCGCCGAUUGCUCCGGUCGGGGCAUGGCCGCUCUGCUGGACCACAACGGGGAAGCAGGUGGAGACAUCUCACCGGAGGAGGAGCUGUAUCCCGGUGAUCGUUUCCACGACGACCAGGCAGAGUGUGAUGGUGACGGAGAGGGGGAGGAGGAGAUGAUGGUGGAGGGCGACGGGGAGAUAAUCGGAGAAGGGGAGGAGGAAGCGGGGAAGUGGAAAGACUCAGGGAUGACCGGCGAGGCCCACAGAGCACUGGACAAUGAGAAGGAGGAGAGCGAUUCCUCUGCACAGGAGGGGGAGCAACAGAACGGUAGUGAGAGGGACUUUGCCUGGAUCUCCUAGGAUCUGUCCGACUCCUGGCUUGUGGCUUGUCGACCAAUCUCUGAAGAUCUCUUGCGAUCUUUGAGGCAGAAUCUUCUGCUUUCUUUACCCAUUCGUCCCACUGUGGGCAGGCCUUCCUUUGAAUGGAAAUGCUGUAGGGUGACGACGCGCGACAAUGAUCUAAAACCAUUAUAUUACAUUAUUAGGCUAUUCGCAACUUUGAUUGCCACUGUAGAAGAAGAGUGGUCAAAAGAUGGUGCAAGUGAAAGGCUUUUUCUGCUUACCUCCUUUACUUCUGAUGCAGUGUUUUUGUGUUUCCUUUUCUUGAGGGUUCAGGCCAGAGUCCAGUAGUUUUAUACUCUGUCACAAAAGAAAUCAACGAGGACGCUGCCAAGGACACGGCCAACGCUAUAGACCGCAACUUUGUAUGUUUGCCAUCACAAUCACCAUGGAAACCAAGGUUAGUGUAGGGAAAUGGCCAAGAAGGAGGUGUCGUGGUCCCACCUCGGCUGUAAUGUUUCUGGGGAAAAGUGAAGGGUCUAAAUCUAUUGCAAAGCUACAUGUGUCAAAGGACCGGGCAGCCCGACGGCACACUGUUGAUGCAGAGUCCUACUGCCACAGACUUGCACUUUAAUGACAACUGACUCCUAUUGAAGCCCUGAACCCGUGGUUUACAUUUUUGAUCUGACCUUUACUUACCUAAACAAAUCGGUGACCGCACCUACCUUUAAGGAUAUACUCUAUGUCCUCCUGACUGUUAUCACGAUAUAGAAAUCACUGAACCUUUGUGCAGAUUGCUGUUUAUAUAGCCUAUGCCUUUCAGUGGAUUCCUUAAUCUUUUCUUCGCUUACGUUUACCACACGGUUUCUAUUGAUCCAUUCCAACAAAUACUGGAGAUUUGUCAAAUGUAUAUAAAGGUUUUGGGGAUUUGGAAGGGGAAUGGCGUGUGUGUGUGUGAGGCAGAGAGAGACAGAGAGAGAAUGUAAAAGACUUUUACGGUGUAUGUAAAAGCUAUCCUCUGAGAUACAAAGUGGACAUGUUUCCACUUCUGACUGCAAAAUGAACACAAGCACACAUUGGAUCCACAUCACAUGACCAACACUAUUAACUCUUUCUGUCUCUCUCGGUGCGCGUCUCUUGUUUCUUUUCGGUUCAGUUUCUCUGACACUGGAGGUUGUGGUGAUAGGACCUGAAGAGGGGCUACCUUCAUUUAGAAUCACCCGGUUUUGUUUUUUUUUUUUGUUUGUUUGUUUUUUUAACUGUUUGUUUUUGUUUUUUGUUUUUUUGCCCCGUCUUCAGUCAAUCGUGUAAUUCCAAUUUCAGAACACAAAAUAUGCAGACUCUUAUUUUUCUUUUGGUGACGUGUUCUCCGAAUUUGCAAGGUUAAAAGAAGAGGAUCAAAAUUGUGCUUGAAAUUCAGAGUUUGAUAUAUGUAGAGAGUGUAAUAUUCUUUUUUCUUUUUUUUUUCUUUGACAACUAUUUAUUGAAAACAUGUUUGUGGAUUUCAGAACUUUUAAGAAGUCAUUCCCUCCUCUCUCCAUGUUGUUUGGGUGAAACAGGAUGGGUGUUUGUAUGCAAGAAUGUUUGAGUGUCCAGUGUCAAAAAAGUCUAAAUUGAUUUCUUAAGAUUAUUUCCAUGUUUUCGGCAAAGUUAUUGACAAUUCAAGUGAGGCAGAUGAUAUGUCUUAUUAUUAUGAUUAUCAGAACUAUGAUUACUGUUGUUGAUGUAACUAUUAUUAAUUAUUAUUAAGUGCUGGAUGCUAAGCUUUAUUGUGUGUUCUUUUUUGAUAUUUUAUAUCUUGUAUAAGAAAAAAAAAAAAGCUUUUAUACUUUGCCUUGUUGUGGACAGCAAGCCAUGGGGCUUUUAUCAACCUUUUAUUGUGCCAGUUUACGCUUUUUCUGUCGUAUUUGCUUUUUUACCAAGGGAAAAACAAAUUCACCUUCAAACUUCUCUGUUAGAUAUUGAUUGAAACAUAUAUUUAGCACACGCUUUUGCAUCAAAAAUGUACACUAAUUGAUUAAUAUCAAACCAAAAACAAUCUAGUACCUUGUAUACAUGAAGUGCUUUUGUUUCACAGUCUGUGUGUGCAGGUGCUUUUGGAUUUAUUGUUGUGGUUAACAGUUUUAUUGUUGGGUUGUUUUUAUUUUAUUUUUGGAAACCUGUCACUAUUUGUCACAGUUUGAAAAGUGCACAUGUUAUGGUAUUAUUGUGAAUAUGAAGGGCUGUGUGAACGGACCGGCAAGCGUUUGAAGACUGCAUUAUAAAACCAGACUGAUUCUUUUUUUUUUUCCCCAGUUCCUACUGUCUCACGUUUCGCAAAGACACACAAUCAAGUAGAAAUCUAGCAGGCAGACUGAACGCUGCAUCUUUACGACAGAAAAGAGGAGUGCGUUUGCGUCUGUGUGCUGUAUUUCUACCUGCCAGUUUGUUUUUUUAACUGGCUGCUUCAUUUAAAUAAAGGGAAAGCGAGCGCUGCAGUAGUAACUCUGGGAAACUCUUUGUUGCCAAUGCUGGUUGCACACGUGGCCUCUCUACUAAAGGUGCCAUGGACUGCACUUCCCAUCAACCCCCCCCCCCCCCCCCCUCCCAUCCCAUCCCCUCCCAUCCCAACCCCCCUUCCCCUAUGAAAAACUGUCAGUACAAUGCGAUUUGUGAUGCUUUCUUCAUUUCAACUGUUUCUAUUUAAUUUGUAUUAUUUAUUGAGUUUCUUUUUGACCCUUUUAUCAAAUAGUUAUCAUUUUUUGGGGGUGGAAAAAAAAAAAGAUGAUAGACAAUGGGUUGGAUUUUAAUGAAUGUCAAUGGUGGGUGUGGAAGGAGCCCAUGAUCAGUGACAAAUCUCUGUCCUGUGGUGCUUUUGUGGCCACUGAAAGACAUCUGGAUGUAUGUGUGACUCCCCGGCCUCCCGUGCUUUUCUCACAACCUGUACUGUAUGUCUUCUUCCUCAUACUGGGUUGUACUUCAGGAAACGUCUGCCAUCAACCCCUCAAUAUGUGCCUCAAUAACAUUUCACCCGUGUGCUUGUGAGAGUGUUUGCUUCCAUGACGAACAGCUGAAUAUUUUGUGUCGAUGGAUAAGAGAUUACUCAAACAUGACUGAUCAGAUUAGAGGUGCAAAACGUUGCGAAACGUGGAUGAUCAAUUCCGAAGAGACAAAUCAGACGGUUCUAUUCUCCUUCCCACCGUGUGUUGAUGACCUUUUGUGCCCUGAUUCUGUGGUCUUAACUGCAUGCCUGUGUUCAUUUUGUCAUACCAAAGUGAUGUCUUCGGCAUCUGCACACAACUGUCUCAUUCCACUCGAUGCAAAACUGGAACUGUUUGCUCUAUUGCAGAUGAAUAUGGGUAUUCUUAGACGUGUACAAAUUGCAAUCCUCAUUUAGCCUGUAUAGCUUGACUCACACGUGCAAAUCAUGAAGCCAUAGAUAUGGGUAUAUCUAUAUUAUACUAUAUUUCAAAAUUGGCGCUUUUUACUUUAGAUUUUGUUCUUCUACUAAGAGUGAUGUGUGUAUACCUUCAUAUAUAUGAAUUUAUAUUACUAUUAUAUAUUAUUUAUUUUCUCUCUCAAGUUUCAGAGGGUCUUUAAUUUGUAAAAGGUCGCACUUGAAGCUUGACGUUUGUUUAUUUUCAUUGGGAAUAUUGUUCAAUAUGAUACUGACUUUAUAUUGAUGAUUAUCCUAAACCUGUGUUUGUAACAAAAUGUGUUAAAUAAUCAAAAAAAAAAAAAACCUGUCCUGUUUUUACACCUGUUUUGUUUUGGGCAGAUUAAGUGCUCUUGUGCAGAUAUUUUUUUGUUUGUUUGUUUUUUAUUUUUCUUGGGUUGAUUGUACUGAUCACAAAAACAUUUUUACAGUCAACCAUGAGCCUCCUGUUUUGAUGUUGGGGUUUGGCCCACCUGCCGUCCAAGCCUCUUUCUAACUUCAUGUUUAGUGGAAGAAUUAGCUUGACUAUUAUUUGCAAAAACCAAUCAGUCUCAAUAAAUUUUGAAAUUGCUGCUGUAAAGAAGUGA